UCAAUUUGUUUAACAAUCCAGGUUUACCUAUUUAUUUAAAGUAAAAUGGAUGCAAGAAAAUAUACACACACUGUAUUUUUAUUAUUCCUGAUCCACAUCUGUGAAACACUGGGAUUUGAUUAUGAUUAUGUAACCUGCGGCUCGGCUGUAAAACUUGUCAACAAAGCUUAUGGCAUUCGUCUGCACUCGCAUGAUGUAAAAUAUGGCUCGGGAAGUGGCCAACAGUCAGUUACAGGAAUGCAGGAUCAACUUGACGCGAACAGUUAUUGGCAAGUUAGGGCUGCAAUGAAGAAAUUUUGUAAACGAGGAUCGCCAAUAAAAUGUGGCCAAACAAUCAGAUUGACACAUCUUUCAACACAGAAGAAUUUGCAUACUCAUCAUUUCUCUGCACCAAUGACUCAAGAGCAGGAAGUCAGUGCCUUUGGAGAAGAAGGUGAAGGAGAUAAUUUGGACAACUGGAUUGUUUUGUGUGACAACGAUUACUGGAGCAGGAAUGACCACAUUAGAUUGAAACACAAAGAAACCGAGAAUUAUCUGUCUUGCACUUCUAAAACAUACGGAAGGCCCAUCAAUGGCCAAAACGAAAUAGUUGCUCUUGGUGCCCCCACGAAAGCCAGCAAUUAUUGGAAGGCUGUGGAAGGUGUGUUUAUAAAACCCAGCGAAGCUAUGGACAAAGAAUAGACAAGACGGACUUCGGAUGAAAUCGAUCAACUGGAACAUGAUGAUGUCAUCAUUGAUGAUGAUAAACGUCAUGCAUCACCAAACUCUGUUGUCGAUGACAACGGUGGUAACUCACCACCUAAGACAAUCCUGAAUUACGUUUUUGAUUAUUUUUGUUACAUGUAUCGCUGGGUCGUAAACUUUUUAGGAAAUUUAUCCCCGUUUAAAUUAUUCGAAAGUAAAGAUGAAUUAUAGCCAUAUUUUUUUUUUUCAAUUAUUUCGGUGCAUUGCAGUGCUGGUUGUGGGACUGAAUGCUGCAUGUAGUUUUAACAAUCAUUUUAGUGAACAGCAUUUUCAUUUGGUGUGCUUUAUACUGGUUAUGGGCAUCA